CCGAAUCAUAAACAAUAUAAGUAAAUUUAAAUAUUACGUGCAUGUAGGUAGAUUUAAUUAAGAGUGCAGACAAAACUAUAAAUCUGAAAAAUUGGGCGCACUGGUUCACUCUGACACGAGGCUAACUUGACAGUCAGAGUGAGAUAGUUGGAGUCAGUAUUCAGUUUCCGCCAGAACGAGGAUAGAAGUGGAGUUUCCUCGAAAGUUGCGGCCGUCGAGCCGCGGGACAACGGUUUUUGAGUCAUCGGAGAUAAGUGAGAAAAGUCCCGUUUACCAGCGAGAUCGAGCAGAAGCAAUCUCCUCGGGAGGAAAGCCCUGAUCGAGUGUCGUGUGAACAGUCCGGAUUGGUCGGUGCCGUGUUCUUUGACCACGUGGCGCACCGGAGGAUAACAGCAGACUCGGAUCCGAGCUCCCGUAAAUCCGAUUCGAGCGUAAAGAAAAGGAAGAGGAAAAAGUCAUCGCCGAAGGAGGACACGCAAAUUAGCGACCGACGGUCCGGAGACUCACCGGCAUCCAACGCUAGACCGGUGGGAGCACCGGCAUUAACGUCAUCACCCACGUGGGCGUCAACCGGUCCAUCUUCGCACAGUGUAUGAAGGGCAGCGGCCAGACAUCUGAGUGCAGUUCGACGAGAACCGCACUGCUCCAGGAGGAAGGUCAUCGUCGAGCUGGUUGGAUGAUCCAGUGUUUGGGACAGACAACCGACAUCAUCGAGCCAUUUCACAGUGAGCUGGGAUCGCUUUAUUCUUUUUGAUCUGAACCAGCGACGUCGGGAAGGCGAGAUCGUGCCAGCUGAGCGUAACGGACGGCGCGCCCCAGGAAAGGAGUCCAGGAUCGCCACACGAAGAUGACCAAAAGGUUUCGGCUCUGUGUGAUCAUUACUGCGAAAGCACGAAAACAAUGGAUAUCGUUAAAGAAGUACUGGAAAAGCAGAAGAAGGAUUUGGAAAAAUUCAAACCAAUAACAGUAGAAAAACACCUGGAUGUGGGAAUUGAUAUCGGUCAUCUAAUGGUAACGGAUCCAAAUUAUUUCGAUGAUGACAAAUUGAGAAGUGAUAAAGAUAAAUAUCUACUGGAUUUGACUCGCGAUAAUACACAGUUGAUCGUCAACAGCAUUUGGGAGUUACCCACAGAGCGUGUUGAAGAGUUUGUUGUAGCUAAAAUUCCUCCGCCACGAUUUGUGUUGCCACGCGCUCGCAAGCUUCCGGUUCCGAAGCCCCUCACCAAGUGGGAACAAAUUGCCAAGGCUAAGGGAAUUAAGAAACGAAACCGCGACAAGAAGGUUUACGAUGAAGUAUUGGACAAAUGGGUACCCACUUAUGGCUACCAGCGAUUCAAAGCAGAAAAAGAAAAGGAUUGGGUUCUGGAAGUUCCACAUAAUGCCGAUCCUAAUAAGGAUAUGUUCCAAGAAAAACGAGAUCUGCGAAUCGAAAGGAUAGCGAAAAAUGAAAUUUCGCGAAUGAAAAACAUUGCCCGGGCCAAGAAGAUUCAAACGCCUCGAACUGGUUUUCUGGGACCGGAUGCUGCAUCUGCCAAAGAUCUGGUAACGGCAGCCAACAUUGCAAAGGCAUCCACUGCAUCGGUUGGUGUUUUCCAGGAAAAAUUGUCUAAAGACAAACAGGCACGAGGAAUCGGUGUCAAGGAGCUGAUACCAGGCAGUAAACGGAAACGAGCUCCCAUUACUAUACCGGGAGAGAAGAGGCGAAACUUGAACAUCGUCAACAAAGUGCUUAACAAAAAACCUAAGAUUGAUGUGGAAAAGGCUAUUUCUUUACAGAAAAUGGAAGCGCGUAAAGAGCGUGAGGCCUCGAUGGCAGAAGAUAGUGAAACUAAGAAAAAAGGCAAAAAGAGUUCGAAGGGUGGUUUCGGCCGAAAGAAGCCUAAAGGUGGACAAGGUAAACGGAAUCACAGCAAACGAGCGGUUGGACGCAAAAGACGUUAAGUUAUGAGAAGUUUGUAGAGGGAGUUUAUAUUCUGAAUACACUGCUAUGUUGAUACAUAUGUAUUUUUAUUUUCUUUUCUUAAGCAAAUAGGGUAACGGCACCAGUAUAUACGAACAUCAUUAGUUCGAGUGAA